GAGGAGAAAGUUGACGAUGUCUGGAUAAGUUACCGACUCCCACAUUUGUGUGCUGCAUUUGUGUUUCUCCAAGCACCUGGGUCGAUAUUGUCGAUCAAAGCGCACUUCUUGUGGUAACGGUUUCUUGAAACAACAUCUGAUGAGCCCAGAUAACUUUCCAAAGUCUUUUUAGUCGUCAUGCCUCACAACAGUCGUACGAACAUUUCUGUAAGUCGCGCGUUAGUAGAGUGAACCCAUCCGACAUGGCCACGUGCCCCGGAUGUAGUCACGUGGUGGAAAACAGUCUAUUCAGGGGUGCUGGAGAGAAGGUAAGCAGGGAACUCAAAUCUCAGAUUCCGGAGGAGGAGCACUGUGAUUUUCAUCCUGGCUGUGGAACAGUAGACCAGCUCUUCACCCACAACGGGGUCCUCGAGGGUGCACGAGAGUACGCCCAACCAGUCUACGUGUGUUUUGUGGAGUGAGAGAAGGAAUUUGACUGUGUCCCUCAGGGAUUCCUGUGGGGGGUGCUGCAGGAGUUUGGGGUACCUUAUACGGGCUGCUCAGUCCCUCUACUACUGGUGCCAGAGUUUGGUCCGCAUUGCCGGCAGUAAAUCGUAAAAUGGGUGCUUUGCUCAAUAGUGGGUGGGAAACAUUUCCAGUGUAGCUUACAAUGGUUUGUCCUACAAACAUAAUUUAAACAUUCUGUUUUUGUCUCAUCGCUUUACAGUGUCAUUGUUCGCUUGAGGCACAAUGAGUCUGGUUCUUUCUGAUCUCUUGGUGUGCUGCAGGGGACUAGAAAAUGACAAGGUUACGGAGAGGAAGAAAGAAGCUGAACGCUUCAGACAGCUCAUACGAUCUCCAGAGAUCGUGCAAGAACUUGAUCGUACUUCAGGGCUUAAAACCAAAGGCUCCAAUCAACUCACGUGGGAUGGUGUUUUCAGGUUUCUACAGCGCUACCUCCAACGGGAGACGGAAACCAUGAAAUCGAGUAAAUCCAACGUCACGGCCACAACGCUGGCCAUCCGCCAGAAGAAGAUGGCCGAAAUGAGCAGUUUGAUCAAAUUUUUCGUACGCUACGCAAACAAACGCGGGCCUCGACUAAAGUGCAGUGUGCUAUUGAAGCACAUCAUUGAGGUUCUUCAGAAUUCAUUCAGCUGUUCGGCCUACGGCAAAGACUACAGCAUCCUGCUCCUAAAGGAAAUUCUGUCUGUUCGCAAGUACUGGUGUGACAUCACCCCACAGCAGUGGCACAGUCUUUUAGAUGUGUACAGUGGCUUGUUCAACUCGUCAUCCAAAUCCAUUAACCGUGUCCUUGUAAGUCGUGUCAUCAACGUGGUGAUCCAGGGCUGCUGCAUGCAGACUGAUGGAUACAACAGGACACUCUUUAGUUUCUUCUCCAAGGCACUGCAAAGUGCAAGGCAAGAGAAACAUUUGACCGUUUUAGAGCAUGUCAUCUCAGCCCUUAACACCUUCUUGAAAGCUGUGGCAAUGAACUGUCGGAUGAGGGUUUGUCGAUUGGGGGAGGAACUACUACCAUCAAUACUGUGUGUUUGGGCUGACACGAGGCCCAGUGCUGCUCUCAAAGAGGAGAUUGUGGAGUUUUUCAAGUUGCAGAUCUGUAUCCAUCAUCCCGAAGGAGCAAAGAACCAGGAAACAGGUGCUCAUGCAGAGGACUGGGCUGGAUGGCGAGGUUUGCUAUACAGCAUGUAUGAAGCAUUAGUGAAAGAAAUCAGUCAUAUUGGUAGCAGGGGAAAGUACGUCACUGGCACAAGACGCAUCGCGGUCAAAGACAACAUCAUCAAGCUCACAGCUGAUAUUUGUCACCAGCUUUUCAGUGUUGACAGAGACUCGCAGAUCUUAGAGUUAACGCAGGCCUCCAUCAGAUCCUCCCCGAUGGGUGAUUCCCACUUUACAACACCAAGCAAGCGGCGACGAAUCGACCUCAGUUGGGAGGUUCUUUUGGACCGCCUGCAGCCUCAGUUUAGUGACUUCGACAUCAUCCCAUGGCUGCAGGUCACUGAAGCACUCAUAUCGAAGUACCCGUCCUUGGUGCCCACCCAAGUGUUGGUCCCACUGCUGUCAGUGCUGCACCAGCUCUUAGCCGAACACCGGAAAGGAGAAAGAGGGCCAUACGUGCUGCGCUGUUUACGAGAGGUAGCCCGAUGUCAAGCCCAUUUGCCAGAAAGGAUCAGAAUUCACAAGCCGGACCUGGACAGACUAUGGAGUCGGGUGUGGCCUCUGUUACUGCGGGGUGUGAGCUCACCCCAGUUAGAAGCUCUCAGCCUUGACCUUUUGGCUUCCAUUGUCCAUUGCGGAUUGGUCAUUAUGGAUAGAGAGUUUUGGAAGAUCUUCUCAGGAUCAGCUUGUAAACCAUCCCAGAGUGCUGUGAUAUGCCUGGCCCAGGCCCUUCUGAAGUGUCCAGUCCCUAAGAACCAUCUGGGGGUCCCGGCUGUAUCAGGAUCACCUAACCUGAAGGAAAUCCUCAUAGGUUGGUUGUUGAUGACAGAUCACAGCGAUGAGAUGGAGGAUAGCUCCAGACCACAUCCAAUCCUUUGCAGUGAUUUUUCGAGCAAUCUAAUUGCAAACAUGUUGGUCUCCCUGACCUUGAAAGACACCAGGGCUGGCUUAAAUUUCCUUCUGGGUUCUGAGGGAGUUGAAAGUGUUUUUUUUCAAGAGUCGACAUCACUCAAUACUGGAGAUGAUUUGGAGGAGAUUGAGAGAUUAUACUUGCAGUUCAGCUUUAACACAGAGUUGGCACAAAACAGAGGAUCUGACAAGACGUUUAAGGUGACAUCAACGGACGGGCGCUUCACAGCCAUCACCGGCCUCAGAAAGAAGUUGGAGCAGUCGGUUCUUUGUGUUGCUGACUCCCUUCUUAACUGCUACUUUCCUGAUAGUCAGUCCAUCCCUCCGGAGUGCCUGUUACGCUGUGUUAGCCUGCUGUCAGGUGUUCUAGCAGGUUACGUCUCCGCAGGCUGUCUGACUGAGGAUGAGGCGGGGCACUCUCAGCUCUUCACAAAAGCUAAGGCCCUGGCUCAGGAGUUCAGUGGAUUUGUUUCUAGUGUGAAAAUGAAGAUGAGUGAAGAGUUAACCAUGACCACACUGAGGUCUGUCAUGAGGCUGUGCACCCAUUAUGCAACAACAAAAAAGGAAAAUGUUUGUACGUUCCCUUCUCAUCUUUUCCUAAUGACUCUCCCACCCAGUCUUGUCAGCGAGCUGGCAGACAUUUACAAAAUUAUGUUUAGCAGUGUUUCUCCACGAGCUACAGUUGUGGAUGAAGAUGAAGCUACAGAUAAUGACUUUGAAAUGACCAGAACUCAGCACGGAGAUGACGAUCCUCUGUUUGAUGAUGAGGAGUCCCACAGUGGGACGCAGAGACCCAGGGGUGGAGAUAGCUGCGAUGCAUCAAGUGGACCUGGUGCAGAAAGCCUGUUAGCGGAUGAGCAUUUGGUCCCCCAGGAACUUGCUCUCCUUGCAGUCUUGGAGUUCUUGUGUGAGUGCAGCUCGGUGCAGUCCUCCUGUGGCCUACUUUUUAAACCCCAGGAUGUGAGACGCAGACUCUUGCAGCUGGUGGAGCAGACUGACCCAAGCAAAGCCCUGCAUGUCAACACUUAUCUUCUCCUGUUGAAGAAACUUCCUGCUGAGGACUCCCUCACGCCAGAGGAGUUUGACUCUCUGCUCCGUCCAUUGGCGGACCUGUGUUCUCACUACCGUCAGGAUCAGGAGAUCUGUGUUGCACUUCUUAUGGCUUUGUUGCCCUCCAUCAGCAGCUUAGGCAAAACGCACUACAUGCAAUCGGAGAUGAAACAUGUACAGGGCUCCCUGCUACAAGUGUUGUCAGGGUUCUGUUACCUCAGUCAAACGGGGAAAUGCACAGCCACUGUUCGAGCUGCUUUAGUACGAUGUCUGGUUGCAUUACUAGAGGCUGACCCAUGUUGCACAUGGGCCAUACUGAAUAUCAAGGAGACUGAAAGAGAGGAAGACCGUCCUGUGUCUAUCAUCCUUCCAUCCCUCCUUGCAGAUUCCCAUCACAAAGUCCGCAUGCUUGUGGCCAUGUCAUUGGAAAGAUUGUUUCUGGACAAAAGACCGGAACAUAGAGACAGUAGAAAGAUGUUGUCACACCAACAAGCAGCUUUUGAGAACAUUUACUUGAAAGCUCAGGAGGGCAUGAGACCUGUGAAAGGCAACUCGACUGAAGACACACAGGACGAGAUGUUCAACCGUAAGGCCACUCUGCUGAAGAGUUUGUCAGUUGUGCUGUGUUGUAGUCCAGUCUGUGAGAAGCAGAGUCUGUUUGCCCUCUUCCAGUCUUACAAGGAAAACAAAGUUGAGGAGCACCUUAUUAGGAAGAUGUUGUGCAGUGUGUCUAGAGCACUCGGCUUUGACAAGAUGAAAACAUUUGUCAGCUCUCACCUGUACUACCUGGUCGCUGAGUGGCUCUCUCAGAGACAGUCUGACGAUACCUACGCACUUGAAUCUUUCCCUUUCAUCUUACUUGAUCAUGACACGGUCAAAGAGUUCUAUAGCUCCUCCUACCAGGUGCUCAUCCCACACCUUGUCUUCCUCGAUGACUUUGAACAAGUGAAGUCCAUCGGUCAGUAUCUCAAGAGGGACUGGAGAGAGCUUCUAGCUGAUUGUUUCCCCAAGAUCAUGGUCAACAUCCUGCCGUACUUUGCGCUGUCUGGCCAGGAGAAACAGGUGGCACAAAAGAGGGAGAAGGCCCACCGUGUUUAUGACCUUCUCAAAGAUGCAAACUGUUUGGGUAAACAGGAAAUUGACGGCCUGAUCCACCGUAACCUCCCAGAGAUAGUUGUCGAACUGCUAAUGACUCUUUAUGAAGGCAGUGCAGCCGAAGAAGAUAGAGGAAACUUAAAACGCUUUAUCGGGGAGUUUGAUCCUGUCCCGAACCCACCGUAUUUCAGUUCUCAAGUCAUCAAAGCUACACUGGACUAUCUGAGCAAAUGCCACAGUGCAAACCACAAGUCACUGGUGGCCAUUCUGUCAAAAACUCCAAUAUCUAUUCAGCGGAUUCUACUGGCACUGUGUGAAAAGGCAGCUGCGACGACCAACCGUUAUGAACGUCAUCGCAUCCUCCUAAUGUAUCACCUUUUUGUCGACCUGCUACUCAGGGAGGUUAAAGAUGGUCUUGGAGGAGCCUGGGCCUUUGUCCUCAGGGACAUCAUAUACACACUCAUCCACCAUAUCAAUAGCUGGCUAGUGCACGAAGAACCAGACAGAGCAAUUCAAUGUGACGAGGUCUCCAUCCGAAGCUUGUCUCUGUGCUGUGAUCUUUUGACUGCCGUUUGUCAGGCGGCAUUGCAGUUCUGUGAUGAUGCUCUAGACUCCCACCUACACGUCAUCGUUAGUACUCUGACAGCACAAGUGAUCAACCAGCCAGCCAUCUCGCAACAGGUCCUUGGUCUAUUGCAGUUUCUUGUGAUAGAAAAUCAACACAAACUGAAGGGAGCCAUUUGCAAGUUGGAGCCAUUUCCUGACCUCCCUAGAUUCCAAGAGCUGCGAUCUGUCCAGAAUAAUCUCAAAUAUAAUUCUGGGACCUUCACACUGAGACAGGAGAUAUCCCACUUUCUGUCUGUGGCACCCUCUGACUCCUUACCACUGACCAGACUUGAGGGACUCAAACAACUUUCCCACAAACUGCACGACAACAAGGAUGAGAUAAGAGAGCUGGUCAGAGAAUGCCAUGCUGAGCCUACUAACAAUGUCCUGGUCAAGCUAGUUCUGAACCUUCUACAGCUCUGUAAGAUAGCAAGCAACCACCCUACUGGAACUGACAUUCUAGAGGCAGCAGGAAGUAGUCUAGGAGAAUUGGGUCCUGUAGAUCUCUCCACCAUCGCCUUGCUCCACGGCAGAGACCCCCUUUAUGAAAAGGCUGUUACCCUUUUCCCAUCCACUGACUCACAGUGUGUUUACAUCAUCCUUAACUGCAUAAAUGAUGCCCUCAUUCACCAGCGUAUUGAAGUGAGGCAGGCAGCAACUCAUUCCAUGAAGGACAUCCUUGCCACUCAGUCUGGAAUCAACUUUUGGGACCAGCACAAACAAAGUAGAGACCCCAUGUUGGCAUACCUAAAUCCAUUCAGAAAAGCCAACAAGAAGACAGUUACUAUGAGUGCUGAGGAAAGCUCAGAGGCCAGGGAGAAACUGGAGAACCAAGACUUUUGGAUCCCACAGAUGGGCAGCCACACAGUCUGGCUGAAGUCUCUGUGCGCUGCCCUGCUGGACAGCGGAGGAGUCAAGUUUGAGCCUUUUCUCCUAUCCCGACCUCUUUGUCUGGUGAACUUGGACUGUUGCCAGAGGCUGUUGCCGCUCAUCAUUCAUUCUAUCCUCCUGGAUGAUGUUGAGGGCUCCUGGAGAGAGUUGCUUUCUUCCCACAUUCGGGACUUCUUCAGUUAUUGUUCCAGAAGUGCUCAGGCUUCGAGUCGUUCAGUCACACCACUCAACUCUGACUCUGAGACUGACACGACAAGCCAAGGCAUGUAUGACAAAGCAUCUCUUCGUACUAUGCUGGCAGUUAUUGACUACCUGAGACACCAACAGAGACCUCUGAGAUCUGAUAGCAAGUCUUGUGGAACAGUGUGUGAUUCCAACUUCUGGCUGGAUCUUAACUACCUGGAGGUGGCCAAAGCUGCUCAGUCAUGCUCUGCUCACUUCACUGCUCUGCUCUAUACUGAGAUAUACGUGGAUAGGAUUAAAUCAAAUUUGGAGGAAACUCGCAGAAUCAAAGGCAGAGCAACACGUAAGAUUAACUUUGAAGAGAACUCCCAGAGUUUCAGCAUCUCCAGCCUGAAUGAAAAAAGUAUGGAGGACUCCAAUAUCAGCUUGCAGGAACUGCUGAUUGACGUUUACCGGAGCAUCGGCGAGCCUGAUAGUCUUUAUGGAUGUGGAGGAGAGACUAUGACCAGUCCACUAACAAGGAUUCGAACAUACGAGCAUGAAGCUAUGUGGGGGAAGGCUCUGACCUCAUACGACCUUCACUCAAACCUUCCGGACGUCAUUCGACAAGUGGGAAUUUUGGAGGCCCUGCAGAACUUCGGCCUGAGUAGCAUCCUCACCACCUACAUGAGGGGUCUGGAGAGCGAUGGGGUGGAGUGGGGAGCUGAGCUGAGAGAGCUCCGUUUCCAGGCUGCCUGGAGGAACACUCAGUGGGAUUGCGAUUUGUCUGAGAGGAGUGACAAAGAAAAACCUGGCUUCCAUGAGUCUGUGUUCCAUGCCUUGCAAGCAUUGAGGGACAAGGAGUUCUCCAUGUUUGAUGAGACUCUCAAACAGGCCAGGAGUAGAGAAGUAGAAGAGCUGUGUAGAGGCAGUCUGGAGGCAGUGUCCUCAUUGUAUCCAGCCCUCAGGAACCUGCAGAGCAUCAGAGAGCUGGAGAGUGUCAAGAUCCUAUUCUCAAGACCCUUCUCAGAGCUGGCGAUUAACGAUCUCUGUAACCAGUGGCGGCAACGUUCCCAGCUGCUCACCAACAGCGAGUUUGCGUUGGUGGAGCCCAUCCUGGCCAUUCGGUCUGUGACACACAACACCCUGAUGUCCAAGACGGUGGACCCCAGCAGUACUCAGUAUCUCAGCUCCGUGCUCACUGACCACUUACUGGAGCUGUGCCGGCUGGCUCGUAAAGCAGGGAACACACAGUUGGCAGAGCAAGCAGUGUUUCAGAUGAAGCAGCACGGAGUUGGAGAAUCCCAGCUCCAUCCACCCAUAUCACCAUGGCAACUAGAGGAAGCCCAGGUGUUUUGGGUGAAAGGAGAACAGGGUCUGGCUUUGGGUCUGUUGAGACAGAUAAUACACAAGCUUGAGGGAAAGGUGGACUUCAGUCCUGCUCUGGCACCGGUCUACACUGAAUGCCUCAGGCUCUGUGGGAACUGGUUGGCUGAAACUUGCCAGGAAAGUCCUGGAGUCAUUUUGGAAAAUUAUUUGGAGAGGGCUGUCAAGGUAAUUGAGGGUGAAUCUGGAGUGCAGGAUGCCCGCCUUCAGAAUGAACGAAUUGAGGCAUUCCUGUCGCUGGCUCGUUUUUCAGACACCCAAUACCAGAGCAUUGAUAAAUACAUGACUUCAUCUGAGUUUGAGAAUAAGCAGGCCUUGCUGAAGAAGGCUAAAGAGGAAGUUGACCUAAUGAAGGAGCGUGAAGUGGUAAAAAACAGGUAUACCGUAAAGGUAGAAAGAGAGAUGGAGCUGGAUGAGAGGGCCCUUUCCAACCUGGAGGCAGAUAGACAGCGCUUCCUGUGUAAGGCGGUGGAGAAUUACAUCCAGUGCCUGGAACAAGGCGAGGAGCACGACACCUGGGUGUUCCGCUUGGCGUCGCUCUGGCUGGAAAAUGCGGACAUUAAGGCAAUCAAUGACAUGAUGAAGAAAGGGGUGAAGAAGAUCCCCUCCUACAAGUUUCUACCGCUCAUGUAUCAACUUGCUGCUCGUAUGGGAACCAAAAUGGCGUCUGGCAUAGGAGAGGAUGCGGGUUUCCAUGACGUCCUUAGUAAUCUGAUCUUGCGUUGUUGUCUUGAGCACCCUCACCACACACUGUUUAUCAUUUUUGCCCUGGUCAACGCAAAUAAGGACCAAAACUUCUGCACCAGUCGAGGGCCAAAGAGUGUUCCACUGCAGUCGUCGCCAUUCGACAUGGAGCGUUCAGAUGUGGCCCAAAAGAUCAUUGGUGCGGUCAGGAAAAAGAGAGGGGAGAUGAUCCGGGGUUUCGAGCGACUAUGUGAUGCUUACAUCACAUUGGCUUAUCUGGAUGCCACCAGGCACAAAACAGAGAAGAAGGCCAUUCCCAUUCCUGCGGAUCAACCGAUUCAUCAGAUCAAGAAUCUUGAUGAAGUUACCAUUCCUACCGUUGAGCUCAAGGUUGAUCCUUCGGGUUGCUAUGAUGAUGUGGUGACCGUCCGUUCCUUCGCGUCUCAUUACCAUUUGGCUGGAGGAGUCAACCUGCCCAAGAUCAUAGACUGUGUUGGCUCUGAUGGCAAGAGCAGGAGGCAGCUGGUCAAGGGUAAAGACGACUUGCGGCAAGAUGCGGUGAUGCAGCAGGUGUUUGCCAUGUGUUCCAUGUUGCUCCAGCGCAACACUGACACUCGCAAGAGGAAACUCAACAUCCGAAGAUAUAAGGUGGUGCCGUUCUCCCAGUGCAGCGGAGUACUGGAAUGGUGUUCCGGUACGGUCCCGCUAGGAGAGUUCCUGGCAGAUCCCGUCAGAGGUGCACACAAACGAUUCCGACCUCAGGAUGCAUCCAGCCUUGCCUGCCGCAAGAUGAUGAUGGAGGCGCAAAAGCUCGAGUAUGAUGAAAAGCUGCAUUCCUACCUGGAGGUGUGCAAAAACUUCAAGCCUGUUUUUAGAUAUUUUUGUAUGGAACGCUUCCUGGACCCUGCGGUAUGGAUGGAGAAACGGCUGGCCUACACCCGAAGUGUGGCUACUUCCUCGAUUGUCGGAUAUAUCGUUGGCCUUGGUGACCGACACAUUCAGAACAUCUUGAUUGAUGAGCAAACUGCUGAACUGGUGCACAUUGACUUAGGUGUGGCUUUUGAGCAAGGCAAAAUUCUGCCCACCCCUGAGACCGUCCCUUUCAGACUCUCCAGGGAUAUUGUGGACGGGAUGGGCGUGACUGGAGUGGAGGGAGUUUUCAGGAGAUGUUGUGAGAAGACCAUGGAGGUGAUGAGAAACUCUCAAGAAGCUUUGCUAACCAUCGUAGAGGUGCUGCUCUAUGACCCCUUGUUUGACUGGACCAUGAACCCCCUAAAAGCUUUCAACCUGCAGCACGACGAGCAGCAGGAGCUCAACGCCAUGCUCAGUUCCUCCCUGGGAGGGCACAACUUGGACAACCACCGUAAACACAGCGACAGCCAGAACUUCAACAAGGUGGCUGAGCGAGUGCUGCUCAGACUGCAGGAGAAGCUGAAGGGAGUGGAGGGCGGCACGGUGCUGAGUGUGUCCGGUCAGGUCAACCUGCUCAUCCAACAGGCCAUGGACCCCAAAAACCUCAGCAGGCUCUUCCCGGGCUGGCAGGCCUGGGUGUAAGAUGGCACAUCAGAACAGGUUCUUUAUAUUAUCUGGAUGUUGUUCAUCAGGCUGUAAAUGCACUUGAAGAUAUUUGUUGGCAUUUUUAAUCCUCCACAGGAAUUAGAACUUGUACUUUUGAUGUUGACUUGCAAUAAAGCAAAUUUUUAAAAAAAUAGGUCAAUAUGUGGAGUGUUUGCAUUGUGGACUCACUCACGGCACUGUUGAGACAAGUGAACAAAGCUCAUUGUGCUUGUUGUGGGCUCAGGUGGAAAACUU